GAAUGUGCGGCGCACAUUGUGCAGUCCUGGAUCUGAGCAGAAGCUCAGUGGUCACCAGCGGUGUCUGAAGCUUUCAAACCGUUCUCUAAAACCCUCUGAAUCUGUGCGGUGCACACCCGCAUUUCGCUCGCGGCAGCAGAAGAAGCGGUGACCCAUCUGAAGGAUGGCUUCUCCCUCAGAUCAACCCCUCCUCUUCUACCCAACACUGCCCUCCUUUCCCUCACCCACACCAGGAUUGGAGGCUGAUUCCAAUGUCACCUUGUGCCAGGAGUGGGAGCAGACCCACCACCUCCUCUUCCAUCUGGGAAACCUGUCCCUGCUGCUGGGCCUGGUCAUCCCCACCACUUUGGGUCUGCACAUGAUCCUGCUACGUCUCCUGCUGAUGACAGGAUGUGGCCUCUUCAUUGCGUGGGCGACUCUGUACCGAUGCAACAUGGAUGUGAUGGUGUGGAAUGUGGUGUUCCUGGUGGUCAACUUCAUGCAUCUCUUCUUCCUCAUGUACAAGCGCAGACCUAUUAAGAUUGACAGGGAGCUGCGCUCCGUCUACAAACGGAUGUUUGAGCCCCUGCAUGUGCGGGAGUCUCUGUUUCAGAGGCUGACGGGACAGUUUUGCACCAUCCAGACCUUAAAGAAAGGCCAGGCCUACGCUGCCGAAGAUAAGACCUCUGUUGACGAACGCCUCAGCAUUCUGCUCAAAGGAAAGAUGAAGGUGUCAUACAGAGGUCACUUCCUCCACAACAUCUACACCAAUGCCUUUAUUGACUCCCCAGAGUUCAGGUCCACUGAGAUGCACAGAGGGGAGAAGUUCCAGGUGACCAUUGUUGCAGAGGAGAACUGUAAAUACUUGUGCUGGUCUCGAGAGAGGCUCACCUACUUCCUGGAGUCAGACAUUUUCCUCAACGAGGUUUUCCGCUACCUCAUCGGGAAAGACAUCACCAACAAACUGUACUCUCUGAAUGACCCCACACUGAGUGACAAGGCGGUGAAGAAGAUGGACCGUCAGCCCAGUCUCUGCUCUCAGCUGUCCAUGAUGCAGGUGAGGAACAGCAUGGCGAGCGCCAACGACACUGAUGAUGUGUUAAACCAAAUCCUACGUGGAGGAUCUGCAGGAUCGUCCCAAAAAUCACCAAGUACAAAAGGAUCCAAGAUGAAUCCCAUAGAAGAAGCAAUGGAGGAUGACGUCUUCAAGGACUGUGCACCGUCCAUCCGUAUGCCCAGCACUUCUACUGAAGAGGUGUAACCACACGGGACCAAUGAUCACCAACAAAAGUAUUUCUUGCAUCCAGCCCACUCUGUCACAUGUCUAUGUAUAGAUGACAGCUGGGCCACUGAACAUGCAGGAUAAGCAAGAUUAGACUAAGAAGCCAUCUAGGUGUUCAACAGAGCUGUGUGUCUGUUUGGUGUUUGUUCAUAAAUGUUGUGUAUUUAAUGUUUUUGUCCAUCAUGGAGCACUGACUGGUUUCCCCAAGCAGUAAUGUUUUAACACGUCAUGGUCACAGAAUAGUUGGAAAACAAUGUGUUUAUUUCAACCAUCAAUACUGGUCAAUAUAUAUUCACAUUUUUAAGUUUAAUUGGUUUGUUUAAAAAAUGACUUAAGUUCAACUCAGAUUUAUGUUAAUAUUUUGUCUCUUUUUUUAAAUCCCUUUUUAAUUGUACCCUGUUAACCAGAAACUAAGACAUUAAAAAUGAUCCUAAAAUAUGAGGUUUUAUAGAAACAAUUACAUUUUAUAUAUUUAUUUUAAAACACAUUUUUAAUUCACAAAGAAUCCACACACUCUUUGUUACAUUUUAAACUAGUUGAAUGUUGCUAUGAUUUUAAAGUGACCUUAUGCUACAGCUCAAGGAAAAAAACAGAAUGUGAUUUGUUAUAGUUUAGAAUAGAGAACUGGUCAUUUUUGCAUUGGUCAAUUGUUUAAUGUGUUUUUUGAUUUUAUAACACUAGCACAAUCACGAAAUACUUGAACCUAAAAUGAUUUACUGUGUUCAAUAAACACUUUGUGUGCA